AUGAAUUCCUUCCUGCUCAACCGGCAACUCGGAUCCAUCAGCCACCAGGCUCUCGCGACAGCCCAGAAUGACCGCCAGCUCAGGUCUCUGCAGGCAGCGCCAGAUAUACAGUUCGUACGUGAACGACCCGCCGUAGACGAGGACCAAGAUGGCGCUCAGCGGUAUCCAAGAGUAGCCGUCGCGGCAAAGCCACAUGCGGCCGGCGUGAGCAGUAUUGCUAUCGAUCGAUUUGAGGGGCGAUACCUUUUAUCUGCAGGAGCAGACUCAUCAGUCGCCAUCUGGGACCUUGAAUCCGCUCCACCAUCAGCUGACGGCAAAACUCUCCACGCGCCCCUCACCCACGUCCCUAGAACAUCCACCACAGAAUCCCUCGGAAUAACCCACACGACCUUCUACCCCUUCGAUUCCCUCGCCUUCCUCACCACGGGCUACGACCACACCCUCAAACUGUUCUCCUCUGAAACUCUCCAACCAUCCGCCACCUUCGACCUAGGCUCCAUAGUCUACUCCCACGCCACCUCACCCAUCGCAUCACACCUCCUCGUAGCCUGCGCAUCCCAACACCCCGCCGUUCGUCUCGUAGACCUCCGCUCUGGAUCUUCGACGCAUUCUCUGGCCGGCCACUCCGGCGCCGUGCUCUCCGUUGCCUGGCAUCCGAGCGAAGAAAACAUCCUCGUCUCCGGUGCCACGGAUGGCUGUAUCAGGACCUGGGAUGUGCGACGUAGCGCCUCUAGCCUCGGAGUUCUGGACAUGGACGACAGCAUCGGCGUUGCUGGGUACGACGGCAAAGGCACCGGCGCACGGCAGCGAGAGCGAGGGCGCGCGCAUAACGGGGUUGUCAACGGUAUUGUGUGGAGCGAGGAUGGGCGGUAUUUGGUUUCUACGGGGCAUGACGAGCGGAUGCGUGUUUGGGAUAUGGUCGCCGGAGCUAAUACGCUAGCGAACUUUGGGCCGGCGUUGAAGAAUGCGCAGAUGACUGGGUUAGUGCCGUUGUUGACUCCGAAGCAUUUGACGGCUGCGGGGAAGGAGAUGGUGUUUUAUCCGAACCCCAAAGAGAUACUGUCUUUUGACCUGCAUGCUGGGAAGCUACUGAGCAGGCUGCGUGUAACGACGCCACAACAGCAUGAGGGCUCGACAUCCACCGGGACGAGGAAUCUGAUUCCAAGGACUACCUCGUUGGCGUGGCGGGCUCAUCAUGUUGAGAUGUUUUCUGCGCAUGCGGAUGGUGAGAUUAGAUGUUGGCAGCCGCGGACAUGGGAGGAUCGCUUGAAGGAGGAUGAAGAUGAGGAGAGCGCGGAAGGCGAGGCGGAGCAUGAGCGGAAGAGGAAGAGGGAGGAGUUGGAGCAGAUUGUGCGGGAUUUGAGCGGGAAGAGGGUUACGUAUUCAUGA